GAAGCAGGGAAGAGGUUUUUCUGCCUUCUGUUCUUAGUUCUGCUACAGCAUCCCCUUGGCCAAGUCACCUCCCUGCGGGCUUUUUUUUAUGUGCUACAUUAGGAUAACAAUUUACCUUUUGACUGUUUGUUGUUAGGGUCAGAAGAGGACUUGCCCUGAGGCGAGCGCUUCUGGAGAAAGGGCUCGUGGUGAGAUUGGAUCUUAGCUCUGUCCCUGUAUCUCACAGGCAUGUGACAGUGAAUGCCAUCCCAGCUUGAUGGGGACAAUGCAAAGCAGAUAGCAGUGCUUAAUAGCACCUUCUGCUGGCCCAAAAACCAAUCUCACUGGUGGGACAGCAUUUUGGGCGAAGGGAGAAGCAUUAUUACCAACUGCUAACCAGAGAUCAGAAAUGGUAGGAACUUACUGCAAGCAGCCUGCAGUCAGUGCCAGUAUACCAUGAGCCUUUUUCUGAAGCCUCACUGAGCAGAGCAGCUCCAGGUCUGACCAGCCUUUUGAUACUUUGUUUUCCCUUUAAUACAUUUAAACCCAACAUCUCCAAGUCAGGAUUCACCGUAUUGACCUAUACUUCUGGGAUAGGUUCAAGACAUAUUAAAACAAUGCAAGGAACAAAAACCAGCAACCCCCAACUGGCUUCCAGGUAGUCUUAGGUACAUUUGCAAGACAGAUUAUAUUAGUGCAUAGCUGCAGCCUGUGUCCCCACAUUACCAUACAGGGAAAGUCAGGCAUAUUGGCGUUCCACAGUGAGAUGCAUCGCUGGAUGCAGAGAUCCAGAUCCAAAUACCCCCAGAGUCUGGAGGUGUUUGGACACACAGGCUGAGGGUCCAAGCCCAUAUCUAAGUACUGGUGGCCAGAAGUUUUACCUCUCCCCUCUGAAUCAUCCAGCAUUGGCCAGAGGUUUGUGCAAGCUGGUGGCCUAUUCUAUCCAACAUUAUGUUCCCAAGCAGAAUUCAGCUACUUAGGAGAGGGACAGAUAGUGCCUACAAUUUAUGGGAGUGAAGAAACAGCAUAUUACUGGAGAGUCCCAAACCUUUGCUUCCUCAGUCUCUGCAGGUCUGGCACACAGCAAGCCCAGAGGCACUGAAGUAUCCCACUCAAGCAGCCAAGUGUUAACAACCUCUCCAAAGUCUAAUUUGCCUUUGAUAUAGACUUAAUUGUUUGCGUCACCCACUGGGCUAGGGGGAGGGCUAUAAAAGGGGCUGCAGCCAUUGUCUGAGGCAGAAGAGAGCCCAGAAACAGCUCCCUCUCCCAGUCUUCCUCAUUCAGCACAGUAGUCACAGCCUGUACAUCAUGCAGCUGGUGGCCAGCCUGGUGUCCGUUCUGCUACUGGUGUGGAGCGUGAGAGCCACUGCACUGCCUGGAGAAGAGAGGCUCGCAAUACAGAACACUAGGGAACAAAGCACAGUCCGGAAAGAUGCCAUCCUGAAGAUGCUGGCGGGCCUGCUCGACAGUGUGGACGUGGGGCGUGAGGCGGCCUCCCCAGACGUGGAAGAGGAGGGCAAGCUGGAGGAGGAGCGGGCGGUGCUGGGGAGGCUCGCCCAGCUAUCGCAGCGGGACCGCAAGGCCCCCUGCAAAAACUUCUUCUGGAAAACCUUCACAUCCUGCUAGUGCUGCCCGGCCUGGCCUCGCCGGGCCACCCGCCCGCGAACACCCUCCCCUUCCCUCCCCUCGGCCAUCCCGUUCCCCCGAGCUCCCUUCCUUUUCUUCUCUGCCCCUCAGAAUAAAGCAU